GUUCCAUUUUCACCCACUUUCUUUUAAAAUGCAUUUUAUUCAUCAUAUGUAGGUCAAAAACCAUGGUUUUCUGAAAACCCUAUUUGCGAGCAUUUUGGACUAAAGCGUUCACUACACAAAAGAAAGACCUUGGCCUCAAACCCUUAAGUGUCGAGUUUCAAAAGAUUUAGACAAGCCAUCUCAGAGUUAGCCUAGACCAACUUUCUCCUGUUAUACGCCUAUUGUUUACGAGCGCUUUUACUAUAGAAAGAGAAAGUCUUGCAGACAAUGCAGACACCUAAAACAAUUGAAACGUUUCUUGUUAUUCUUAGUAAAGCUCUGAACAGACCGAAACUGACGAUCGUAUGGUGUUUGUCCUUUUUAGCUAUGUAAGAGCGCACAAAACAGAUUUGAAAAUAUAUGUAAAGCAAUAUUCUUUUGAAUCGGAUCGCACACUAAGAGUGAGGAGUAGCUAUGUGGGCAAAUUCUAUCAAGUACAGGCUUGUUUUUUUGGGGCGCUUCAGAUGGAUCAUCGAAUGUAGUCGUUUCCAUAUCUGUUUUAGUUGCAAACAAAUACUGAUGAGUUUAAAGCAGAAACUGGCGAACAAUUUCCAACUGAAGUAAUAUUUAAUGGGGAAGAUUUAGUUCAUCACCACGCGAGAGAUCAUCAACAGUACGGCCGUGAUUUGAUAAAAAAAUUGUUUUCAGUUAAUGAAUUAGCAUCGUCAAUUUUACUCCCGAAUGAUAAAUAUAAACGACCACAUUUAGAUAUUGCCAGAAUGUCUGUUUUUAAAAAUGCUGUCCGAAGGAAAUAUAAAAUAAGUGCACAAAAAUGGGAUGAAUUUUUCCAAAAAUGUAUGCAUAGAACGUUAACACAAUGUUUAUGUGAUAUUCGAAAAAAAUUAAAAGCACAACAACAAUUACAACAAGCAGCAGAUGAACAACAAGCAACAUAUGGACAGCAACCACAACAAGCAACUACCAAUUAA